CCCCUCCAAUCAAACCCACCGGAUAAAGCAUCUUCCAGGUCCAAGCAGUGUCUCUGUUUUCAAGGAGUCUCAUAGCGCGAUGAUCUGGGCUCUAGCCAUACCUGCAGGUGUUGCUUACUUGUUCUGGAGCUUCUGGUUCAAAAGGCAAGGUGUCUGUGAUGGUGGAAAGACGCCUGGGAAGGUUGUACCCAAGAUUCAAACUCUGCUGGACAACCCUGACAAAAUCAAGUACAAUAUGAAGGAUAUGAAAGCUCCAAGAGUUGCUGGGUUCAUCUUUAAGAUCCUGAUAUGGCUAGCAUACACACGUGUUGGACGAUACUUCCUCAUACCCACUAUCAAGCGUAACAGUAAUCUCCACGCACUGGACGGACUGUACAUACCUGACGAGCCAAUAAUGUACCCAACUCCAUUGGUCAACCCUUCCAAAGAGGAUCACUCUCAAGCAAACGAACAGCGAAUCAAAAAAUUCCUUGAUCAAGAAAUUAACGAUGGACAUACUGAAGAUUUUCAUUUUCCGAGUGUUGCUGAUUUUGUGCGUGCAUAUCGAUGUGGUGACGUGACUCCUAGUGAUGUGGCUAUGACAGUGCUGGAGGCCAUUGCUAACUCUGACCGAGCAACUCCUCCUCUGAGGGCCAUUGUACAGAGCAACAGAAACGUGGUCCUUGCUAUGGCCGCAGCCUCUACUCAGCGAUGGAAGGACAACAAAACUCUCUCCCCUCUCGAUGGAGUACCCAUAGCUGUUAAGGAAGAGUUUCGAGUGGAACCUUACGAAUUCAGAGCUGGAGCUACUUUCGUUCCAAUCAUAACACAGGGAGUACCGGAAUCAGCCAUUGUUCGCAAGCUAUUGGACGCUGGUGCUGUAUUAAUUGGAAUGGCAAACAUGCACGAGUUUGGACUAGGUACUCUUGGGUCCAACCCAAACAAAGACCAUUUGACCGCACGUAAUCCGUACAAUACUCAGUGCUAUGCUGGAGGGAGUUCAUCCGGUUCUGCUGCUAGUGUGGCCGCUGGAUUUUGUCCCAUUGCUAUAGGAGCUGACGGUGGAGGCUCAGUGAGGAUACCUGCUGCCCUGUGUGGUAUUGUUGGACUUAAACCAACUUUUCGUCUGCUCAAUUCUGAGGGACAGUUUCCCCAAGCCUUCAGUGUUGGAGUGCCUGGUCCUCUGUGCUCUAGUGUUCUCGAUGCUGCCCUGGCGAUGGAUAUCAUGAGUAAAGGAGAGGACGGCAAUCGAUUGUCUCUGGAUGGACUGGGAGAGGAGCGACUGGACGGACUUAACAUUGGUGUGUACUGGGACUACUUCCAACACGCUGACUCUGAGAUAGUCACCCAGUGCAAGGCAGCCGUUAGUAAAUUGGAGAGCCUUGGAGCCACCAUUGUCAGUAUUGCCAUCCCUGAACUAGAGGAGUCUCGAGUUGCUCAUUCCGUCUCCAUCAUCUCCGAGUUUAGCAGUGCUCUGGCUGUGGAUAUUGAUAAACAUUUUGACGAGAUGAACCUCGAAUCUCACCUCUUGUUGUCCCUUGGAUACCAUUACUCCGCUAUUGAAUACCUCAAUGCUCAAAAGCAACGUACUAGAGCUAUUGCUGCCCUCAAGCACUUGUUUGAAGAGCAAAAAAUUGAUGCUAUUGUAACUCCUGGAACUGGCUGUCCUGCCCCCAUCAUUCGUGCUGAUGCUGUCAAGGAUGGAAGUGUGGAAGCCGAGAUCUCUGGUCUAUUGAUGCGCUUUGCCUACCUUGCUAAUCUGACUGGAGUUCCUGGUCUGGUUGUUCCGGUUGGCUACACUAGUGGCGAGGGCUUGCCCAUUGGUCUGCAGCUAAUGGGAGGAUGGUAUCAAGAGAACACUCUCCUUAAGAUUGGCUGGGCUCUCGAGAAAGCUUUUCCUCGGAAUAAACCACAAGUCUUUUACGACAUACUCAAGAAAAAUAACUGAAGAAAUAAGAACUGAAUUGACACUAUUGCUGAAUUGACACUAUUGCUGACUAGAUUUUUCCCCUGAUUAAUUAUUGUAUAUAAUUAAUAAUGUAAUGUUUUGCCAAAUUUAAAAUAAAAAUUUAGAUUAUUAAA